AUGACAAGUCCUAGUUUGCCCAGGAGUGCACAUUGCAGGCUCGAUGCUACGGAUGACGUCAUAUCAACGGCCUGGUUGCACCAAUCAGGAGCCAGCAUUCUCCACGACAGCCCGCAUUCCGUCAAAGACAGCGCGCAUUUAGCUCGAGCGACUAACCAGGUCCAGGUGCUGUCGCUGGGCGCCGACGUGCUGCCCGAGUACAAGCUGCAGUCGCCGCGCAUCCACAAGUGGACAAUACUCCAUUACAGCCCCUUUAAGGCGGUGUGGGACUGGAUCAUAUUACUCCUCGUUAUGUAUACCGCCAUCUUCACGCCGUACGUCGCUGCUUUCUUGCUUAACGAAGCCGAUUUCAACACGAGAAAAAGCAAGAAAUACGGUGAAGAUCCUAUCGUCGUGAUCGACCUGAUCGUUGAUGUAACAUUCAUCAUAGACAUACUUAUAAAUUUCCGCACAACAUAUGUGAACAGCAAUGAAGAGGUAGUAUCUCAUCCAGGGAAGAUUGCAGUGCAUUACCUGAAAGGCUGGUUUGUAAUAGACUUGGUGGCUGCUAUUCCUUUUGAUCUUCUUCUUUUCAACUCAGACACUGAUGAGUUGGGCUUGGAUGCUGAUGAGACAACAACAUUGAUUGGUCUCCUGAAGACAGCAAGACUCUUGCGGUUGGUGAGAGUUGCUCGGAAGAUUGAUCGUUACUCAGAAUAUGGUGCUGCCGUCCUUCUGCUGCUUAUGGCUACUUUUGCUCUUAUUGCUCACUGGCUUGCAUGUAUAUGGUAUGCAAUUGGACAUGCUGAGCGAACCUUGAUGAAUAACAGAGUUGGUUGGCUAGAUAUAUUAGCUAAUGACACUCAUCAGUUUUACAAUGCCAAUAACACAGGAGGUCCAUCAAUAAAGUCCCGCUACAUCACUUCAUUGUACUUCACAUUCAGCAGUUUAACUUCCGUGGGAUUUGGAAAUGUAGCACCAAAUACAGAUUCAGAGAAGAUGUUCACUAUCUGUGUUAUGUUAGUUGGAUCACUUAUGUAUGCCAGCAUAUUUGGAAAUGUAUCUGCAAUCAUACAGCGACUGUAUUCAGGGACUGCAAGAUAUCAUACACAGAUGCUGAGAGUGAGAGAAUUCAUUCGUUUUCACCAGAUACCUAAUCCUUUACGCCAGAGGUUGGAAGAAUACUUUCAGCAUGCAUGGACAUAUACCAAUGGAAUUGAUAUGAACAGUGUACUUAAAGGUUUUCCUGAGUGCCUGCAGGCAGAUAUUUGCUUGCACCUAAAUCGUAACUUAUUGAGUAACUGUUCAGCCUUUGAAGGAGCUUCUCCUGGAUGCCUCAGAGCUCUGUCUUUGAAGUUCAAGACCACUCAUGCACCUCCUGGGGAUACCCUUGUACAUAAAGGUGAUGUUUUGACGUCACUAUAUUUCAUUGCUAGAGGGUCAAUAGAAAUACUAAAGGAUGAUAUUGUAAUGGCUAUUUUGGGAAAGGAUGAUAUUUUUGGGGAAAAUCCAUGUAUUCAUCCAACACUGGGCAAGUCAUCAUGUAAUGUGCGAGCCCUUACCUAUUGCGAUCUGCAUAAAAUUCACCGUGAUGACCUUUUAGACGUACUAGAGUUAUAUCCUGAGUUUUAUAACUCAUUUUCUAACAAUCUUGAAAUUACAUUUAAUAUGAGAGAUGAGGAGCUUGCAGGCGUAGAUCCCAGAGCAGCUAGGAGACAUAGAACAGGUUUAGCUUCUCGUUCAAGUUCACAAGACAGAGAUUCAGAUGUAAGAAGAUAUGCUUACAGACCACCUCGUCGUCGAACAUUUCAUCACAGAGGAUCAGGUGGUGGGCCAUGUGGGGAUGGCACUCUAGGAGGCAACAGUCAAGAUUCCAGUGAAGAUGGGUCUGAGUUUGAGAAGUCUGGUCAUGGCAUUCUAGAAUUCUCAGCAGAUAAGGCUGGUCGGGAUGUGACUCCAAUGAAUCUUGAAUUUGGAGAUGAUGACAGACAAGUGAAACCAGGAACACUUAAUUCAAUUGCUGGCAUGUUCUCGCAACUGAAAAGAAGCUUCACGGAUCUCCGCUUGCACAGGUCUUCCAGCCAGAGGCUCCACAACACUGACAUUAAGACUGGUGGCUUGACGAACACGGUGGUAGCACUGGACUCCCUCAUGAAAUCCAGCAGCCAUGGAAAUGGCAAGCACUCACAAGGUACUCCAAACGUGGGCCCAUCUCCUGCUGUAUCGGUCCACUGCUGCACCAAAGAGAACCAGCCAUUGCUUCAUCAUCAAACUCCAAGUGCUCAACAAACAGUAUUAUCGACAGGAAGUUACCAAACUCCCGGUCACACUCGGGCCGAGUACACUGGCUCACCAGCUUGGACACAACCUGGGAGGGAACCUGAUGUCUACGCAAUGAUAAAUCAGCUGAGCAGGCAAGUGCAGGCACUGGAACACAGUGUAGCUAGUGAUGUGAGAAUGAUACUUAGUAUUCUGAAGCAACAGCAGCAACAGGGUCACAGCUCUGAAUCAUCCGGCUCAUCAGUCAUACCUGAUGUGCGAGAGUCUUCUUCUGACUUUGGCCAGAGGUCAGGAAGAUCCUCCCGAGAUCAUGCUCCUAGUGCCCAGAGAAGUUAUAGUGCAUCUCACGAGACUCCAGCUUCAUUGCCUUCAAAUAAUUUCAGGCCAACACCAAUGGAAGAUUUCCGGCAUGCUGCCACUGGCAGUAACAGUAUGGAUUUACGACACCAGUCACACUCUCACCACUCCGUCCCACAGCAAGUGACUCCUGAACUUACCUCCAGGCAUCCACAUUACAAGCAUUCAGCAUCACGCAUUCCACAACGCAGUCAGUCACAACCAGUAGAUCUUAUGCAGGUACAGCAUCAGCACACACCAUCUUGGCAUCAACAACAUGGUGAUACUGAGAGUGAGGAUGCAUGGCCUGUUCAGCAUACUGCAGAUACUAGAAAAGAUGAUUUUUCAUUUAGAGGAACUGCGGCUGAAGAGACACCAUCAUGGGAUUUUAAAGAUGCUCCAGUGGCGCCUAUCGCUAGGCUAGAGUCAUUGGAUGAACUUGAUCAAGGACAGGACUCACAGAGUAGCAGCCCACGUGGUGCAACAUCUGGCCCAUCCACAACGGAAGUGAAAACAUCAGAUGUCUAGUCUACUCUCCACAAGUGUUUUUCAAGACACGUUCUUGUUGUCACUGAGAAAAAGACAUACAUGGACAAGUGAGCAAGAAACUCUUCAGGGAAUCACAGCCCAAAUGAAAUGGACUGUUUUAUAAUAGUCAAAACAUUGUCACAAGACAGUAGUGUUUUCAAUAAUUUGUAUUUUUUUUAAACACGUUACAGGAAUUUAUAUGAAAAUAUUACUUUGCAUUGUAAAAAAAAAAACAUUGUGCAAUCACACAGUUAUUCACUCAUCUGAUGCUGCCUGAAUCAAAUAAUACGGUAUUUUAAGGAAUGAUUCUUUAAAAUUGGGAUAAGUCGGUAGCUGUUAGCUAUUCACAGUGCUUGGCAACACCACUAAAAUGAACUAAGAAGGUGGUGUACUGGACAGAGUUGUGUAUUCAUAGGCAACUGAAAGUCAGCAUAAAAUAGAAUAAUAUUCUAGUGUGUGAAAGAGAUUACAGAGGACAUACUGUUGUAAUCAGGACAUCUGACUCACUGUUAGUCAUGGACAAUGGCUCACAGUAACAUUAAUUAUACGUGAUAACAACUUGCGUAUGCUUUGGUCUUAACAAUUUAUAUAACUGAAUAAAUAAAUUUUCUUGAAGACUGGGCAUUCAUAUUCACAUAAGUUGAUUUUUUCUCAGAAGAAUUCUGUCUGUUGUUCUGCUAAAUGUUUUGGAGGUUUGACAUGAAAUCAUAAACUUUUGUCUAUUAACACCUUUCUGUAGGUGACUGCUGCAGACAUGAACAUGCAAGACAUUGUUGCACAGUCAAGGAAGCAAUGUUUUAACUUGAGCUUUCUUGUGAAAACACACAGGUUACCAUUUCAUAAUACACAUGUUUCUUUCUCCUUUUGGCAUUACUUACUUUGUGCUUCACAGUGACAGAUUUUGCACAUUAAAAUGUAUUGGAUACUUGUAAAAGGAACAUAAUUCCUAGUUUUAUAUUAUGAAACAU